AGACACUGAAAAGAAAAAUCAGAGCAAAAAUCAGAAACACCAAAUCAUGGUUGCAGCAACGUUAACUUCACCGUCGUCCCAACUCCUAUGCUCAAGCUCCCGGUCUCUCUGUAACAUCUCUCCUCUCCAACAAUGUGUGUUGGGCUCCAAAACAGUCGUCUCGUGCCCUAACUUAACUUACAACAAGAGGAGGCAUGCGGCUGACGGGGUUAGGUGCAUGGCCGUGGCGGCGGAGACAACGGAGCCGAAGAAAAAGAGCGGGUACGAGAUUCAGACGCUGACGAGCUGGCUGCUGAUGCAAGAGCAGGCCGGGGUGAUCGAUGCCGAACUGACCAUCGUGCUCUCUAGCAUUUCGGUUGCGUGCAAGCAGAUUGCUUCUUUGGUGCAGAGGGCUAGCAUUUCCAACUUGACCGGGAUUCAAGGUGCGGUUAAUAUCCAAGGAGAGGACCAGAAGAAACUUGAUGUUGUCUCCAAUGAGGUUUUCUCAAAUUGCCUGAGAUCAAGCGGAAGGACAGGGAUUAUAGCAUCGGAGGAAGAGGAUGUGCCGGUGGCGGUGGAAGAGAGUUAUUCCGGCAACUACAUUGUGGUGUUUGACCCACUUGAUGGAUCAUCCAACAUUGAUGCUGCUGUCUCCACUGGAUCCAUCUUCGGAAUAUACAGCCCGAAUGAUGAAUGCUUUGCACACAUUGAAGAUGACUCAACCCUUGAUAGUGUGGAACAGAAAUGUGUAGUGAGCGUGUGCCAACCAGGAAGCAACCUACUUGCUGCUGGCUACUGCAUGUAUUCAAGCUCAGUGAUCUUUGUGCUCACAAUUGGGACUGGUGUUUUUGCAUUUUCGUUGGACCCCAUGUACGGAGAAUUCGUCUUGACUCAAGAAAACAUUCAGAUUCCGAAAGCCGGAAAAAUUUACUCAUUCAAUGAAGGGAACUAUCAGCUGUGGGAUGACAAGUUGAAGAAGUACAUUGAUGAUCUUAAGGACCCAGGUCCUAGUGGCAAGCCCUACUCUGCAAGGUACAUUGGCAGCUUGGUUGGUGACUUCCACCGGACGCUGCUCUAUGGCGGCAUCUAUGGUUACCCUAGAGACAAGAAGAGCAAGAAUGGGAAGCUGAGGCUGUUGUAUGAGUGUGCACCAAUGAGCUUUAUAGUGGAACAAGCAGGUGGGAAAGGGUCUGAUGGCAAUUCCAGAGUACUUGACAUUGAACCAACUGAGAUCCAUCAACGUGUUCCGCUUUACAUCGGAAGCAUGGAUGAGGUGGAGAAAUUGGAGAAGUACUUGGCAUGAUCAGAAUGUGACAACAAAGAUUUAAUUUUGUUUUGUGAGAUAAAGUUGUAUGAGAACUUUUUCUCAAGAAGAACAAUGAACUAAAGAGACUUGGACUUUA